ACAUAUUGUCUGUCUGUUCGUUCGGAUUCUGUGUGCUGCCGCCGUUUCCGUGAUCGCCUGUUUGAUCGCACGGGCAGCGCGCAGCCCGUACCAUGUGUGCUGGACGUGAACGAAAAUAAACAAAUUCUCGCAAACAGAACUUGCAGCCAGCAUGUCUAAGCAGGAGAAGGAAGAAGACAAGGAGAAGGGCGUGGCCGCACAGCAGAAGGUGCGACAGCAGGAGUCCCUAGACGACGCGGCGUCGGAUUCUGAAGCCUCGGAUGAUGGCUAUCGUGGUCAGCGUUCCUCUGACUCGGCACCGACCGACAGGGACGCGAAACAGAAGCUGUUGGUCGGUGCGAGCAAGAAAAAGAAGAAGUUGGAAGUGGAGACUCCGGUCGUCGGUGAGCGGGUUGCCCGCCAGAAGUCCGCGUCCAUGCCCGGUCGCUACCAGCGAAAACCCGCGUCCGAUUCCGCCUCAAGUCCUAAGUUGAAUGGGGGUCCGCUCAGCACGAGCCGCAGCGUGUCUGACCGCGGGCUGGCGACGCAUUUUCCGUCGCCGAACGCGUACGUGCGGCAGAGGUACGACAAUGCGACGCCUGCACCCCAGAGCCACGACUUUUCGCUGUGUCGUCCGGUCGUGCCGCAGCAAUUCCCGCAAGACCCUCGCCCUCAGCAAGCUGUGCUCAAGCAAGGACCGGUCAGGGACCCACGCAUGGACCCACGCAUGGACCCAAGCAGGGACCCACGCAUGGACCCACGCAUGGACCCACGCAUGGACCCAACUAGGGACCCACGCAUGGACCCAACUAGGGACCCACGCAUGGACCCACGCAUGAACCCAACCAGGGACCCACGCAUGGACCCACGCAUGAACCCAACCAGGGACCCACGCAUGGACCCAAGCAGGGACCCAACCAGGGACCCACGCAGGGACCCACGCAUGGACCCAGCCAGGGACCCACGCAUGGACCUAGUCAAUGACCUGCAGAGUGACCGGGGCAGGGACCGGGGCAGAAACACGGGUAGGGUGCAUUCUCAGAGCGUGGGUGACCUCAGAGGGCGCCGCUACACGCCCGCAGCGGCUCCCGCGGCGAAGCAGCGCCCUCUAUACUCGGCAUCGGUACAUAACAUUAGCGGCGGCCACGGCUACCAGGUGCCGGACAUGCGCACGGGGCGUCCGGUGCCGGACAUACGCGCUGGUCACUACACACCCGAUGCACGUGGUCUGGAGGCAAGCAGCCAAGAUGCGUGGAGCAGGGAGGCGUGGGAGCGAGAGGCGAGGGAACGCGAGGCGCGAGACAGAAAGACGCGAGACAGAGAAAUGCGCGAGCACGAGGCAAGGAGUCAAGGCGUAAGGGGUCGAAGGGACGGCGUCCGAGACAUGGCGGGCCCGCAGGAUGCGAAGGUGCUAUCGCCGCAGCAGGGCCCCUACCUGUCACAGCGGAAGGCAGCCGCCGUGCACCAGGACACGGGAAAGUUUGCGUCGCCGCCGCCGGCGCUUCACCAGGUGGCGUACGCGUCUGACGUCCCGGCGGCGUUCAUCCCUGAACGGGGCCGACCCGUUGAACGGGGCACCUACGCGCCGCCGCCACCCAAACGCUCAUCUUCGCAGAACCGCCGCUCGCUCCUGCUCGACGGUGGCGCCCCCACGCUCGUCGCGGCGGACAUCGUCGACACGAGCGCGUUCGACCAGCUGUGCAACGACCUCGGACUGAGCGCGGUGGAGACGGACACGCGCAUCUACAGCUACACGGACGACCACGACCCUCACUUCUCAUCACCUCUCCGCAAGCAGCAGCCGACGCAGUCGGACGACUCGCACGCGAUGGCGGCCGCGCAGAAGCUCCCCUGGGCGUCGCACGCCGGCCAUUCCGACGUGAAACAGAAGAUGGAGAGCUUCAUGCAGCGGCAGGGCGGGCCGGCUGAGUCGUCGCGCUCCCACCUGGCGGUACCUGGCGGCCGCGGCUCGUCCAGGACUUCCGACUCUGACCGCAGCUCACCGAGUGUGCCCGGGCUCAGCCCCGCCGAGCCUCUCUCAGACGUAUUCUUAUUCCGUGAUGUCGCACGCAGCCCACAGAGGGCGCUGAGUGACGCCGCGCGCAGCCCACAGAGGCCGCUGAGUGAUGCCGCGCGCAGCCCACAGAGGGCGCUGAGUGAUGCCGCGCGCAGCCCACAGAGGGCGCUGAGUGAUGCCGCGCGCAGCCCACAGAGGCCGCUGAGUGACGCCGCGCGCAGCCCACAGAGGGCGCUGAGUGACACCGCGCGCAGCCCACAGAGGGCGCUGAGUGACAGCAGGACGACGUCGGACUCGGAUGCGGCGGCAGCAGCGAUGUAUCAGCCCGUGAGGAUGACCGCGGGGGCGGCCCAACCCCAGCAGCUAGUCAAGACGGGCAGCAGUUCGCAGCAGCCCAAGGUUGUCGGCCCCGGACCACGCGUCAGCGGUCCCGGCCCAGCAGCAGCCCCGCCACAGAAAGCUCGAAGAGAGGAGAGAGGAGAGUCGUCGUCACAAAGGGAGGAGGCGGCGGAGGAGGAGGAGUUAGGAUUCGAGCCUACGCGCGUCGUGGCGCCAACGCCCCGGAUACGAGGUCCCGGUCCGAACGAGGCAAAGCCCAAAGGAGUCGUCCAGAAAGUGCCAAAGGAAAAGCUGAGAGAAGCUCCGAGGGAGAAACCGAAGGGAGCUCCAAGGGAGAAACCGAAGGGAGCUCCAAGGGAGAAACCGAAGGAAGCUCCAAGGGAGAAGCAGAAGGAUGCUCCAAGGGAGAAACCAAAGGAAGCUUUAAAGGUGAAGCAGAAGGAUGCUCAGAGGGAGAAACCAAAGGAAGCUCAGAAGGAGAAGCCGCAAGCAGAGACAGCGAUGGAUCUAAGGGCCAUGCUGAGGGAGGCACCUAAGGUGAGACUGAAGGAACCGCAGCUGGGGAAGCCCAGUGAACAGCUGCUACGCGAGACCCCGAGAAAGGCGUUCAGAGAGAAGCCAAGAGAAGACACCCGAGAGAAGAAGCCGGACGAGACACCGAGAGAGAAGCCAAAGGAACCAUUCAAGAAGAAUCCAUGGGAGUACUCAAAAGCGAAACCAAGAGAGACAGUGAAAGAGAAGCCGAGAGAAAUAAGGGAACCACUGAGAGACAAGGUGGAGGAGGUGCCAAAGGAAAGGGUUAAGGUUGCACAUAUGGAGCGAGCUACGCCGACAGUGGUAGAAAGUCCAGUCAACAAGGAGCAGCAAUCAACGUUGGACAUGCAGCGGAAAAAUCUGGAUAAUACUGCAGUCACGACUUCCAACAAGCCGGAGGAGGAGAGUGUUCCCGACACUUUCGACAUGCACAAGUCUAAACUGGACAGCGCCAUCUCACAGCUGGAGGACCUCUAUCACAACCUGACGUUGGAUGAGGUGCAGCUAAUGGAGGAGGCAGGCUCCUCCCUGCCUCAAGCUCCUCCUCCUCCUCCUCCGCCUUUUCAGCUGCAGAAGACGAAGGAGCCGCCGCGCUGGCUGUCACGCAAGCACGAUACGUCACAGAGUUAUGCUAUGUGGGCGCGCCACCAGGCCCCGACGCCGUGCCUCACCGCGCAGCGGCGCCACUUCGGCCCGUGCUCCCACGCAGGGGGCGCCACCGCCGGGCCGUCGUACUACAUAGUAGCUGGGUCGGAGUCCGGUGUAGUAGGCGGCGCCUGGGUCGACGUACCCGUCGAAGCGACCGGCCGCCGCAGCCUCAUCGCGCUGGCGUGA